AUGAAGUGCAUGUUCGUCGUGUUUUUCUGCGCAUUGGCGUACGCCGCGGCUUAUCCCCAACAAAAGGACGGCGCCGUUUAUUCAAAUGAGGCCAUCAGACAGGCACAAAGCACUUUCUUGAUACCCAAGGAUGCCCAAAUACAAAACGUUCAAGAAGGCAUCGAAUUGGCAGCCUAUGAGCAGAUUCCCGGAAACCAACGUAUCAACUUGUUCGAAAUUUUGGGCGACCAAGUCCCAUCAGAAGUGAUCAACAACUUGCAAGGACAAGUUGACAAAAUUGGACGCCAAUAGAAAUCGAGUCAUAAUUUCUUAUCACACUUCUUCUUAUUGUUCACACUCCAUAUUUAAUUCGAGGAAGUAUUAAUAAUUAAUUCAUGAUGCUUCACACACAC